GUUGCUUGUGAGUGAGUGAAUGUGCACUCUUCUGUAGAGAAUCUUGUACAGAAUACGCCAAGUUUUGAGCUUCAAAUGGGACUUGAAUUCACAUCAAAAUGCUGCUGCUUGGAGACAAUGAAAUGCCCAAAAACUCUAUAGAAAAGUUGUGAGUUCAUCUCUUUAUCUUUUUCUUUGAGCUUAUCUACUACUCAUUCUUUGAAAAGAUUGCUGCUUUGGCUUUGAAAGUGUUGUUCUUGAUGUUUGUUUUGAGGUUUAUAGUCCUGUUUGCUUGUGUUUUCAUUCUUGAGUUCGAAGGGUUUGAUAGAAAAAAGCUUGAAAAUUUGUGUCUUUGAUGGUUUAGUGUUUAUUUCUUGAAUUGUUCUUCAUCCAUUUGCCAUGUUUUGCUGCUAAAUAUCUCAUAAAAAUCCCAUCUUUGGCUGUGUACCAAGCUCCAUCUCCUUCCAUGGAGUUUGGGACCUCUGGGAGGAGAAUUUUUGCUCCCAAAACCCUAACCCUAAUUCUCUUUCUGCUUUCCCAAAUGCAACAAUCUUCAUCCUCUCAACCCCUCCAUUCAAACCCAAUCUUCUCCCAAUCUCCAACCCCUCCUCCAACAUCUAUGCUUCCAAACAACACCACCACCAAUACCACCUCUUCAGCUCAUCUGAGAAGAAUUCUUCUUGGCAUUCUUUUUGGUUCACUUACCGGAGUUUUUACCUCCAUUGUCUUCCUCUUGUUGAUCCGUCUCUUCAUUCUCUUUGCCAAUCGAACACCGAUACUCAAAGGCCCUGUCAUCUUCUCCCCAAAAAUUUCCUCAAAAAGCCUACAACCUGCCAUUGCAACUCAAUGCCUAUCCACCAACUUACUUGGUUCGAGUACCAGUGGGCAAUAUUACCGAGUGGAACUCGAUGAUGGUUUUGUUGUUGCCGUGAAACGGAUUGAAAACAACCGCGAAGGGGCCUCUCCGAUGCGGCAUUCCAAUGCUUUGAAGAGGCAAGUGCAAAGAGAGCUUGAAUUGUUAGCAAAGGUGAAACAUGAGAAUUUAAUGAGCUUAAGAGCUUUUGUUCGUGAUCACAAUCGGUUCUCAUUGGUUUACGAUCAUAUCCCGAACGGGAGCUUAGAGGAUGUGAUGAAGAAGGUGAGAUCGCAGCAGUUGAGGAUUGGAUGGGAUGUCAGGCAUCGGAUUGCGGUUGGAAUUGUGAAAGCGUUGAGGCAUCUGCACUUUGAGUGCAGUCCAAGGAUACUGCAUUAUAGGUUGAAACCAACGAAUGUCAUGUUGAGUGAGGAAUUUGAGCCAAUGUUAGCAGAUUGCGGAUUAGCAAGGCUUGUUCCAGUUUGUUCAGAUGCCGCCGUCUCUGCUUGUUAUGUUGCUCCGGAGUGUUUCCAGAGCCGCAGGUAUACGGAUAAGAGCGAUGUAUUCAGUUUCGGCAUGAUUUUGGCUGUGCUACUAACAGGAAAAGACCCGUUCGAUCCUUUCUCCAAUGGAGAAUCAGGAAGAGGGGGUUUGGGUAGGUGGCUCCGGCAUUUGCAACAGACCGGAAGUGCGCGUGAUGCAUUAGAUAAAGGAAUUAUCGGUGAAGAAAUGGAGGAAGACGAGAUGUUAAUGGCCAUAAGGAUAGCUCUUGUAUGCCUGUCCGACUUGCCAGCAGACCGGCCGUCAAGUGAUGAGCUUGUAGCCAUGCUUACUCAACUCCACAGUUUCUGAGGCAAGCAUCGAAGCUCAUUCUACCGUUAAUUUUGGGUUUCGGCGGUGUGUUUCGAGAUCGUAGAAUGUAUAGAUGUGUUACUCUUGACAUAGUUUUGCUUGCUGUGAGUAUAUGUAGAUUACAUGUAUUUUGAGUGAGUUUUUA